AUGAAAAAAAUAGCGGAGGACUAUCUGGGAAAAAAAGUAAAAAAAGCCGUAAUUACCGUACCUGCUUACUUUGAUGAUUCCCAACGAAAUGCUACCAAAGAUGCCGGAGAAAUUGCUGGAUUAGAAGUAAUGAGAAUUAUUAACGAGCCAACAGCCGCCGCUUUGGCUUAUGGAAUUGAUAAAAAAAAAGAGGUUCGCACUAUUGCCGUCUUUGACCUUGGAGGAGGAACUUUUGACAUUUCUGUCAUUGAAAUCAACGAAGGCAUUUUUGAAGUGAAGUCUACUGCUGGGGAUACUUAUUUAGGCG